UUUCCUCCAAUCGGUAAUGACAGUGGCAACCAGCCAGGACGCGAUCGUCUGGUUUGGUGGCCCUGAAGCACUAGAAAACUAGCUAGCUAACCAGUUAGACCAUCACCACUGCGGAGCGUAUAUCGCCUGAGGAUACAAAGGGGAGAUUUGUAUAAGUUACCUAAGAGAGAAACGAUAGAGAAGGUAGAGGUAGGAUAAAUGGAAACGACGGUUUCGGUUUCGGAACAGGACUGCCUGGACCACCUCAAGGAGGAGGUGGGGGAGGAUGGAACGGAGGACAAGGGGGACAAGGACGCCAAGGAGGAUGGAAUGGAAAUGGAUGAGGAUGGAAUAACGGGAACGGAGGAAAUUGGAAUAGUGGAAACGGAAGAAACUGGAGUAACGGGGGAGGUAGUAACGAAAAUGGAGGUAACUGGAACAACGGAGGAAAUUGGAACAACAAUGGAGGAGGGGGAAACAACGGAGGAGGAUGGAACAAUGAAGGAGGAGGUCAACGAAGAGGAUCUAAAUGCUACAACUGCGGACAGUUCAGACAUAUCGCGCGAGAAUGCAAUAAUCAACGACCGUACUUCCAAGGACAACAACUAAAUUACCAAACGCCGCAGCAGACUAACUACCAAGCGCCGCACAUGAAUGAGA